AUGGAAUAUCUGUCUAGGCUGCUUCAAUUUGGAGCGAUGCAACCUGCAUUUCGGUUCCACCCAAUGUGUAAAAGUCUCAAAAUCAUCAAUUUAUGCUUUGCUGAUGAUUUAGUGAUUUUUUGCAAAGCAAACUAUGAUUCUGUUCAGAUUAUUAAGCAGAUGUUUGAUGAAUUUUGUAAUAGUUCGGGAAUGAAGGCUAAUCUCAACAAGUCUCAAGUUUUCUUUGGUGGCAUCUCGGCUCAAGACAAAUCUCAGUUACAGGAAGUGCUUCAUCUUGAGGAAGGCUCAUUCCCUCUCAAAUAUCUGGGGAUCCCUAUGCGGCCUACUAAAUGGAAAGAGGCUGACUGUGGUGAAAUUUUGAAAAAAAUUAAGCUCCGUCUUCACACUUGGUCUAGUAGACAUCUAUCUUAUGCAGGAAGGGUUCAACUUAUUACCUCUGUUCUUCUUGGGCUGCGUAACUAUUGGAUGAAUAUCUUUUUAUUGCCCCAAAGUGUCAUUAAAGAAGUUGACAAGUUAUGUAUGUGGUUUCUUUGGGGACACAAUGGGACUAGGAGUAAUUUUCACCUCACUGCUUGGUCUACAGUGUGUUUGCCGAAAACCCUUGGAGGAUUGGGGUUUGGUGAAGGUUCUAAAUGGAACAAGGCCAUGCUUGGGAAGUAUAUCUGGGCAAUAAACCAUCAACAAGAGACUUUGAGGGUCAAAUGGAUUCAUACGGUGUACUUAAAAGGGACUGAUUUCUGGCUCUACCAGCUCAAAACAGACACUAGCUAG